UAAUGUUGCUAGAUUAUUGAAUUCUGAAGUAAUUAGAAAAAUUGAACAUUCAUGGUAUACAUAUCGACAAAGUUUAUCAUCUUUAACUUAUCUGAAUGAAUAUUUAAUGAAAGAGAAUAUAACAUCGAUAUCAUUUUUUGGUGGUAUACAUCACCUAUUAUACAACAGACAAAAUAUAUUCUUUGUGAUAGUUUGAAACAUUCUAAACUUAUAGAUUUUACUUCAUGUAACCAAAUAGAUGAGUUUUUAUCAAAUCUUAUACAAUAUUCUACUCAUCUUCCAUUAACUUUACAAAUGAGAAGUUUAACAUCAGUUUUAAUGUAUGAUCUAAUUCCACAAGCAUUGAAUAUUGAAAAUUUGAUACAUCAAUGGUUACCGAUUAUUGAUAAUCUUUCAAAUAAUUGUAUAAACUUCUUAUUUGAAACAUAUUUAAAGCCAGAGAUUAAUAAAACUAAACAUGAAGUUUCUAUUUAUACUAAACAAUUUCCUUCUGCCAAACUUACUGAACAGUUGAAGCAAAUUAUAAACUACUUCAAUAUUACACUAUUAUCCUACCAUAUACUAUUUAUUGCAUUGAGUAUAACACUUAUCAUCAUUUACAUAUACAUAUUCAUUUUAAGUUAUCAAUUCAUCAAAGGUCAAAAUCAUCAAUACAAAACUUGGAUCAAUAAUAAAGGUCAAUUCAAAGUAUACAUACAUCGAUCUGUUUGUCUACGUUUUACUUUAUGUACAAUUUCUAUGAUAUGUUUCUUGUUGAUCAUAGUUAGUUUGACAAGUGUAUACAUCUCAUUAAUUGGUAUAAAUGAAGGUUGUAUAUAUCUACAAUCGAAUCAUUUAGCUCAAAUAAAAGCGGAUGAAUUAAUUACAAAAUAUUUAAAAGUUUUUAUUGAUAAUUUAAAUGAAACAAUCGAAUUUUUAUCAAUUCCAAAUUUAAAUUUACAAAUACCGCAAAAUAUUUUAAAAACAAUCAAUUCAAAAUAUACACCAGAUCAUUUACCAUUAUUAAAAAGUUUACAUAUAAAUCGUCCAUUGAAUUUUACAAAUAUAUUAAAUUCUAAUUAUGUUUAUUCAUUAUUAUAUAAUAUUUGGUAUAAAGAAAUUACAAAUAAAACAAAAUAUUAUGACUUAAAAUCAAAAAUCCCGCCAAUCAAUUAUCGCGCGUUAUAUGAACAAACUAAAUUAACAUUCAAUUUAACUAAUUUAUUUGAUCAUUUAUUUGUUGGUCAUGUCAAUGAUUAUUUAAUUCAUCCUGGUUUUAAUUAUUUUCUAAUUAUUUUACGUAAUUUAAAAAAGAUUUCAAAUGAUGAGCAUAAAAAUUUAAUAAAAUUUUAUCAAAAAUUAAAUCGAUUAUAUAAAGAAUAUCAUAGUAAUUAUUUAUUUAUUGAAAAUCAAUUAAAUAUUAUUGAACAAAAUAAAAUAAUUUUAAAACCAUUUGAUAAACUUGUCAAUAUUAGUUUAAAUUUAUUAGAACAAAUUCAAAGUUUAUCGAAUUUAGAUAUUGAAUAUUUAAUCGAUCGAUUAUUUUCAAUUAGUUGGUAUGAAUUAAAAUUGAAUCUUAUUCAAUAUAUAAUACCAUUUAUAAAUCAUUUAUUAGAUGAUAUGAUACCAUUUAAUGGUUUAUAUGAAAUAUAUAUAAAUGGAAUUAGUUCUAUUUGUCCAUUAACUAAUAACAAUGAUAAUCAACAAUUAUCAAUGUUAAAUAUAAAGCCUAUAUUAAAUGAAUUAAAAUUAAUGAGUAUAACAAUGACAAUAGGAUGUAUUUUCUUAUUAUUAUUAUCAUUAAUCAAUUCAUUAUUAUUAUAAAAUGAAAUGUCUUAAAUUGUAUUGUGCACUACUUAUAUUGACAUAAGUAGUAUGUAACACUAGUCAGGAAUAGAAUAUCUGACAAUAAAAGAUCAAGAAGAUUGAGAAGAGAAAGAAUGAAAACAAAAAGUAAUUGAUAUGAAAAUGUCGGAACAAAAAUAAAGUCUAAAACGAAACGAAUAGUCAAUUUUGAGACAAUUGAUUGAUAUUUUACAAAUGAAGUAUUUAUUGUAUGGUUCACAGAUUUUAAUAUCUUUCUUUCUACGAACUAAU